AGAAAAAAAAAACUGCAGUUUCUGUCUAAACCCUCUCUCUGCUAAACCCUAGAUUGAUUCAUCUCAGUUCUCAUGGCUUCUCAGAGUGGAGAAAGUGAUGACGACAAUGAUUCCGCCCUCGAUGAAGAUUUGGAAGCCCUAAGAAGGGCUUGUAUUCUAACCGGCUCAAACCUUAAUCAUCGCGCCACUUCCUCCGGCGUCGCUGCCACCUCCGGCGCCGCCUCCGAUGCCGACUCUGAAGGUAUUGACGAUCUCGAGUUGGUUCGAAACAUUCAGAAGCGGUUCUCAAUUCCGUCCGAGGAUGUGCCAGCCCCUCUCUCAUUGAAGCCGCUCAGCUUUCUGCCUCCUGCGGUCUCGGACGAGGACGAGGACGACUUCGAGAUCCUCCGUGCAAUCCAGAAACGGUUCUCAGCGUACCAUGAGGAUACUCCGAAAAGUGGUGUGGAUAACAAUCUACAGAAAAAAGAAAAGGUCCUUGAUUCUGGCAAGCAGCAGGUGGAUUCUGAAGAUGCUAGUAACUCCACUCUGAAUUUGGAAUCCUUUGGUAGUAAGGUUCCUGAGAACCAUAGCUCUAGACUAGGUGCUAGCAAUUUUCCCCCUUUGCUGUCCAAGCAAACUAGCUUUCCAAAGUUGGGGCACAUGUUUGUUGAUGCUCUUAAGAAGAACAGAUCUUGUCAGAGAUUUCUCCGAAGCAAGCUGAUUGAGCUUGAAGCCAGGCUUGAGGAGAACAAGAAGUUGAAGGAACGUGUUAAAAUCCUUAAGGAUUUUCAAGUUUCUUGUAGAAGAAGAAUGGGACGGGCUUUGUCCCAGAAGAAGGAUGCACGUGUCCAAUUAAUUUCUCUUCCGAAGUUAAAGGCUUCUAAGAACUCCAAGGUCAAUGAUAAAAAAGUCUCAGCUAUUUACUAUGGCCCUGCAGAGAAUGCACAUGUUGCUAACUAUAGGAUGGCAUUAACAGAAUUUCCACUCUCAUUCACUCGGGCAAAGUGGUCAAAGUUAGAAAUGCAAAAUCUUGUGAAGGGAAUAAAACAGCAGUUUCAAGAAAUGCUGCUUCAGAAAUCAGUGGAUAUGUUCAGUGGCUCUGAAAGAUCUUUUGAAGAUCCAAAUGAUUUUGAUAACAUUAUGGGAUCGAUCACUGAUCUUGAAAUCCCCCCAGAAAACAUUCGAUUAUUUUUGCCUAAAGUGAAUUGGGAGCAGUUAGCAUCUAUGUAUGUCAGUCGAUCUGCUGCAGAAUGUGAAGCAAGGUGGUUGAACUGUGAAGACCCCUUAAUCAAUCACGAUCCAUGGAAUGUUACGGAGGAUAAGAAACUCUUAUUUAUUUUGCAGCAAAGGGGGCUCAAUAGCUGGAUUGAUAUUGCAGUAUCACUAAGGACAAACAGGACACCAUUUCAGUGCUUGGCACGUUAUCAACGGAGUCUUAAUGCUUGCAUACUGAAAAGGGAAUGGACUGUUGAUGAGGAUGCUCAACUUCGUACUGCUGUAGAAGAUUUUGGCGAGGGUAAUUGGCAGCUUAUAGCUUCUGUUUUGCAAGGACGGGCAGGCACCCAAUGCUCUAACAGAUGGAAAAAGACUCUUCACCCAGCCAGGCAUAGGGUGGGAAGAUGGACAGCGGAUGAAGACAAGCGCUUGAAGGUAGCCGUGAUGCUCUUUGGGCCUAAGACAUGGACAAAAAUAGCUGAAUUUGUGCCCGGUCGAACUCAAGUGCAAUGUAGAGAAAGAUGGGUAAACAGUUUAGAUCCUUCCUUGAACUGGGGCCAAUGGACUGGAGAGGAGGAUGCAAAGUUGAAAGCAGCAAUAAUGGAACAUGGUUAUUGUUGGUCUAAGGUUGCUGCAUGCAUUCCUCCACGUACAGAUAGUCAAUGCCGGAGGAGAUGGAAGGUGCUUUUUCCUCAUGAAGUGCCUUUACUUCAAGCAGCCAGAAAGAUACAAAAGGUUGCUCUGAUAUCAAACUUUGUUGAUCGGGAGUCAGAACGACCUGCUCUUGGUCCUAAAGACUUUCUUCCAAUGCCAGAAAUGGAUUCUGUUUCUGAGCCCCAAAAGGAUUCACAAAAAAGGAAGAGAAAAUCAAAAGUGCAGCCAGAAACUGAGGGGGAAAACAAUGCUGCUUCUCGGAAUGUUCCAAAAAAGAAAAGAUCCCAGAAGCCUCGAAAAGGAGCUGAAACCAGUUCCAAGGAAGUCCCAGGAAAUAGCAAUGCCAAUGAAGUUGACAAAGUUGGCGGGGAUGAUGCGAAUUCAAAGAAGAGGAAAAGGGUUAGGAAGCCACAAUCGAGGAAGGCUAAAUGCACUGAACCAAUACAGGAUCGUCCAUCAUCUGAUUUGGAUUCAGCAAUGUUAGUGAUAACUAAUGGUGAAGAGGUUGGGGAAUUUGCAAUGCAAGGUUGUCCAUCAUCUGAUAUUGGUUCAGCGAUGUUGAUGAUAACUAAUGGUGAAGAGGUUGGGGAAUUUGGUGGGCAUGAUAUUACUGACAAGGGAGACUCUCUUGUAUCACAUUCAAAAAGGGUAAGUACUGUAUCCCCUGAAAGUUUGGACCCCCGGAUAAUUGAUGUUGAUGGUAUUGAGACCAUUGGUGCAAAUGAUACUACCUCACGUAGGGAGAAAAGCACUCCCAAGAGGCAUCCUAAAAUGAACAAAUGUGCUGAACAAUCAGGGGAACACCAGGACUCUACCUUGAAUGUGAAUGGUGCAAUGUCAAAAAAGAUGAGAAGGGCUCCUAAGCGGCCUCUUAAAAGAAAAAUGUGUGCUGAUCAAUCAGAGGAACACCAGGCUUCAUCAUCUCAUGUAGAUUCGACAUUUGAUGGGAAUAAUGCUACCUCAAAUAUGAAGAAAAGAACUCCUAAGCUGCAUCCCAGAAGGAGAAUAUAUAUUGAACAAUCAGAAGAACACCAGGCUUCAUCCGCUUGUCUGGAAUCAAUAACCAGUGGUCAAGCAGUUGGUACAUCUGGUGGGGGCAUUCUUAUUGAGGAAAGGGCUCCAAAACCACAAAUGCAAAUAUGUGUGGAACCAACAGAGAAUGGGCCUGAUACUUCCUUACAUGGAGAUUCAAGAGCAACUGUCUGCCAGCAAGAUAGGCCCAAAAGGUCAAGGUCAAGGUCAAAAAAUAAACCUAAUUCUGAGCAGAGUUCUGGAGCAAUAGAUGUGGAUCCCAUUAGUUCCAUUUUACAUGAUGACACGGAUGACAUGACGCUUGCUUGCUUUAUAAACCGUAGGCUGCCUAAGAGAAGGCUCAAACCCGCCAAAAAUGAUGAUCAAGGAUUCAAAGUUGCUUCCCCUCCAGUGUGAAAGGCAUCUAAGAUGCUUCCAAAACCAGUAGGACAACUUCAUGAUGGAAAUCAAGGACUUCCCCUUCAUGCAAGAUUCCAAAAUGUUUGAAAACUUAUUGUCUCCUGAUAUGCCAACCAUCACAGCAAGUAAUGGUGAGCCAAGUGGAGUGGAUGUGGUUAAUAUUGGGUCUAUUGCCCUCCAUGAAUCAGUGGAGGAAACAGGUGAAAAAAACUAUAGGGUAUUCAUGAAGUGAAAAUUGUUAGAUACUAACUGAUCCUGGCCUUGGGCUUAACUUAGACCUAAAGGAAGGGGUGGAGAAUCAAGGAAGAUCUCUUGAACAAUUUGAGAUGGUCGUCUCGCCUGGGGUUAUUCAGCAGCCUGCAUGUUGGGAAUGUGGACGCAGAUAUCAAACCCACCCAACAACAAUAAACGGAGAGGAAGAGACACAUGUUCCCAUGUCAAUAGAUACAAAAUUUGGAAGCUGGUGUAAGGCCUACCGAGGUACCAGUUUUCAACCUUAGAGAUGAGUACCAUCUUUAUAUUUGAUUUCUUCACACAGAGAGAUGCGCGUAUGCGUUUUUGGUCGCAUCUAGUGAGUUUUAAGGAUUUAUAAUUAUACCUGUAUAGCUGCAUAUACAACAGGGCAUUCUUUUUAUAAUAUGCACAGCUGCAUAUGGAAACAUGGCUUUCUUCUAACUGGAUUCUUUUGUCGAUUGUUUGUUUGGUGUUCUCGACCUUGAGAUUGAGAUAUCCGAAAUUUUGAGAAAUGGGAAUUUGAGUUGAAGUUCCCAGGUA